CUAUGCCCAAAUCGGUCUUUUUCAUGUGUACAGGGCAAAUAGAGGAACAGAGGAUAUUGAAAAUUACUUUUCAAAUAAAAAUCCACCUCUAUUAGUUUAAUCCAUCGCAUAUUAAGCAUCUAAACUAUCAUUAUGCCUCCUAAAUUUGAUCCUACGGAAGUUAAAAAAGUAUAUUUGAAAUGUGUUGGAGGAGAAGUUGGUGCCACAUCUUCCUUGGCUCCUAAAAUUGGUCCUCUUGGUUUGUCUCCCAAAAAAGUUGGUGAUGAUAUCGCUAAAGCCACUAGUGACUGGAAAGGAUUAAAAAUCACUGUACAGCUUACAAUUCAAAAUAGGCAAGCAACUAUUUCCGUCGUUCCAUCAGCUGCUUCCCUUGUCAUUAAGGCCUUGAAGGAACCUCCAAGAGAUAGGAAGAAACAAAAGAAUAUUAAACAUAAUGGAAACUUAGCAUUUGAUGAUGUUAUUGCCAUCGCCCGCACAAUGAGACCAAGAUCUAUGUCUCGUGAACUUAAAGGAACUGUUAAAGAAAUCCUUGGUACUUGUCAAUCAGUUGGAUGUACUAUCGAAGGUAGACCACCUCAUGAUAUCAUUGAUGAUAUUAAUGCAGGAGAAAUGGAAGUUCAAGAUGAAUAGACUUAUAGGAGGUAACCAUCCUUAAAGUCGAUUUUUUAUUAAAAAAAUUAAUAAAAUCUAUUUAAUAAAACGAA